UGGAUGUAUCCCACUCUUCCUCGGGAGCAGAAGGAAGCUUCGCGCUCGCGCCCUCUUUCUAAUCUCUCCAUCUCUCUGUCUCCCUCCAUCAUGGUGCGGAUUUAACACGGAGCUUCUUUCUUUUUUUUUUUACCCCGUUUUUUUCUCUCUUUCAACCGGGAGGAUUUAUUCAUCCCUCUUUUCCUCUCUCUCUCCGUGUCUGUUCUUCAUGGUGGAUGCGGAGCCGCUUCUCACACCGAGAUGCAACAGAUAACGAGCUUCUCACUUCUCCUCCACCUUCACGCGCUCUUCUGGGGAUGCGCGCUCGCGGGAGCUCCCAGUGUACAGAUAGGUGGCUUGUUCCCCAGAGGAGCGGAUCAGGAGUACAGUGCAUUCCGGGUUGGUAUGGUUCAGUUCUCCACGCCCGAGUUCCGUCUCACGCCUCACAUCGACAAUCUGGAGGUGACCAACAGCUUCGCCGUCACCAACUGCUUCUGUUCACAGUUCUCACGAGGAGUCUAUGCCAUUUUCGGAUUCUACGAUAAGAAGUCGGUGAACACGAUAACGUCGUUCUGCGGAACGCUACACGUCUCCUUCAUCACUCCGAGUUUUCCUCUGGACGGAACCCAGCAGUUCAUCCUGCAGAUGAGGCCGGACAUCAAAGGACCGUUACUGAGCCUCAUCGAGUACUACAAGUGGGACAAGUUUGCGUAUCUGUACGACAGCGACCGAGGACUGACCACUCUGCAGGUGGUGCUGGACACGGCGGCCGAGAGGAAGUGGCAGGUGACGGCUAUAAACGUGGGCAACAUGAAGGACGACAGGAAAGACGAGGCGUAUCGCUCGCUCUUCCAGGAUCUGGAGAACAAGAAGGAGAGGAGAGUCAUCCUGGACUGUGAACAGGAGAAGGUCAAAGACAUCAUGGAGCAGAUCAUAACCAUCGGGAGGCACGUUAAAGGAUAUCACUACAUCAUAGCUAACCUGGGCUUUGUGGAUGGAGAUCUGUCCAAAAUUCAGUACGGAGGAGCGAACGUGUCGGGAUUCCAGAUUGUGGAUUUUGAAGAUCCUCUAGUGUCCAAAUUUGACCAGCGCUGGGAAGCUCUGGAAGAAAAGGAAUAUCCCGGGGCUGACAGCAAGAUCAGGUACACUUCAGCGCUGACCUUCGACGCCGUGCAGGUGAUGACCGAGGCGUUCCGGUACCUGCACAAGCAGAGGAUCGACAUCUCACGCAGGGCCAAUAACGGAGACUGUCUGGCUAAUCCGGCCGUGCCGUGGGCUCAGGGUGUGGAGAUCGAACGAGCGCUGAAACAGGUGCGUGUUGAAGGUCUAACUGGAAACAUUCAGUUUGAUCAGUAUGGCAGGAGAGUGAACUACACCAUCCACGUCAUGGAGCUGAAGAACAACGGUCCUGUUAAGAUUGGUUACUGGAACGAAAUGGACAAGAUGGCCGUCACCAAAUCCGACCUUUUCCCCAACGACACGAUGGGUCUGGAGAACAAGACGGUGAUAGUCACCACUAUUCUGGAAGCACCGUACGUGAUGCUGAAGAAGAACGCAGACCUUUUUGUGGACAACGAGAGGUACGAGGGCUACUGUGUCGACCUGGCCGCCGAAAUCGCCAAACACUGCGGCUUUAAAUAUCGGCUGAAAAUCGUCGGAGACGGAAAAUACGGAGCACGAGACGCAGAGACGAAGAUCUGGAACGGGAUGGUGGGAGAACUGGUUUAUGGGAAAGCUGACAUUGCCGUGGCUCCAUUGACCAUCACGCUGGUCAGAGAGGAAGUGAUUGACUUCUCCAAGCCCUUCAUGAGCCUGGGUAUCUCCAUCAUGAUCAAAAAGCCACAGAAGUCCAAGCCAGGCGUGUUCUCCUUCCUGGACCCUCUGGCGUAUGAGAUCUGGAUGUGUAUCGUGUUCGCCUACAUCGGCGUGAGCGUGGUGCUCUUCCUGGUCAGCCGUUUCAGCCCGUACGAGUGGCACACGGAGGAAUACGAGGACGGACAGAUCCAGACCACCGAGUCGACCAAUGAAUUCGGGAUAUUUAACAGCCUCUGGUUCUCGCUCGGAGCCUUUAUGAGACAAGGAUGCGAUAUUUCUCCAAGGUCUCUCUCAGGCCGUAUCGUGGGAGGCGUGUGGUGGUUCUUCACUCUCAUCAUCAUCUCCUCGUACACGGCCAACCUGGCUGCCUUUCUCACCGUGGAGAGGAUGGUGUCGCCCAUCGAGAGCGCCGAGGACCUGGCCAAACAGACCGAGAUCGCUUACGGAACACUGGACUCUGGAUCCACCAAAGAGUUUUUCAUGCGCUCCAAAAUUGCUCUCUUUGAGAAGAUGUGGGCGUACAUGCGCAGUGCCGAGCCAUCCGUCUUCGUGAAAACCACGGCGGAGGGAGUGAUGCGAGUGCGCAAGUCCAAAGGGAAGUACGCCUACCUGCUGGAGUCCACCAUGAACGAGUACAUCGAGCAGAGGAAGCCCUGCGACACCAUGAAGGUCGGCGGGAACCUCGACUCCAAGGGCUACGGCAUCGCCACGCCCAAAGGAUCCUCAUUAAGAACGCCAGUAAACCUUGCAGUAUUGAAACUCAGUGAGCAAGGCGUCUUAGACAAGCUGAAAAACAAAUGGUGGUACGAUAAAGGUGAAUGUGGAGCCAAGGACUCGGGAAGUAAGGAAAAGACGAGUGCGCUCAGCCUGAGCAACGUGGCCGGAGUGUUCUACAUCCUGGUGGGCGGUUUGGGCCUGGCCAUGCUGGUGGCUCUGGUCGAGUUCUGUUACAAGUCGCGCGCUGAGGCCAAGCGCAUGAAGGUGACCUUUUCGGAUGCGAUGAGGAACAAGGCGAGGUUAUCUGUCACCGGGAGCACAGGGGAGAACGGCCGUGUCAUGAGUCCCGAGUUCCCUAAAGGCGUCCACCCUGUGCCCUACGUAGGGCCCGACGUUGGCAUGAACGUCAGCUUAACUGACCUUUCAUGAGGGAAAUCCCCCCCGCCGAGUGCCUUAAAAUGGUUUAUCCCUUCCUUUUUCUCUCUCCUUCAGUCUAUCUCUCUUUCUUUCUCUUUUGGUCUCUCUAUUUAUAUCCCGGAUGAGAGAUGGAGGUUUUAAUAGAGACAUUUGUGCCACACCUACACCUUCACAGUGACAUCAUCCCCUCUAAAACCACGCCUAAAGAGGUGAUGAGGUCACUUCCCCGGUCACGGAUGGGUUUUCCGACGAGCGUGAAAUUAGCGUCUUAGGGGCAUCAGUGCGUUUCAUCUAGGCGUGUGCCGAUGAUCAUUUGUACGAUGAACAAAGCCAUCGUCUUAUCACCUGUGAGUUCUGUCACCUUCCUUAGAUAGGCAGCCUUUCUAGGCAGCACUUGAGUUUGAAUAAGGUGUCGUUCUUCAUUAAUGUUUUUUUUUAUUAUAAAUUAUAAAUAAAAUAUUAUUAAAGUACAUAAUAAAUCGUUAGACGGAUGUCGUGGUAUGAGUUUUUACCGAUGUGAAUAUCGGCACACGCCCGGUUUGUCGUCCGUGUUGACUCGAGCACACUGCGUUCUUUUAUUAAUAAAAGAAUAAAAAUGAUGAUAAAAAAAAUUUUCUAUGUAUUUUCACAUAAAAAUGCUUUUAAAUAAAUCUGCUUACAUACCGGUUUGUGUGUAUAACAACUUCCACAUCUUAAUCUCCGUGUACUUUUCAAGCUCGGCUCUUAGUUUCAUACUUUUUAAACAAAAAAAAAAAAAAGCCAAAUCUAUUGCUUACGUAAUUUCUCAGUGGUAUUAUAUUAACAUUUUGGUGUUUCUAUGGAGAUAUCUAGCAACGCUUGACUUUUUGCGAUUGGUUUCGAUAGUGGUGCCGCAGAAACGUUUAUGUUAAUCUGAAUCUUACUCUUAAUUUCAUGUUUUUUCGUAUUUUCAUCAAUAAUCAGGGUAGCAGUUACGUUAAUCUUAUGUUACUUGUUUAAAAAAAAUGAAGGAAAAAAUUGACGUUUAGGAAACGAACGCAAGAAAAAGGAAAAAAUGAGUACCUUCAUGUAUUAUUGCCUAAUGUUUUGCCGUGAAUUCAGUAGACGUAUUACACAUCGACACGCUCGUCUGUUUCGAAUGCCAAAUAAGUGAGUGUGCCACAAUUUAUUCCUGAAUAUAGUCGGAAUAUAAUCUGUCCUCGAUGUGAAUGUAGUCAAUACAUUCUCUACGUUUCUGUAACUCUGUACUGUUCGAUGGCCUACGCAGUGAUUCAUAUAUUCUAACAAUAUUAUUUAUUUUUUACAUUUUCUUUUGUUCUUGAUUGAUUUACUCCAGCUGAACAAUCCGAAGCCCCGCCCACAUCCGGGGCCAGGUAGAAACUCGGCGCGAAGCUUUCUGAAGUCACUUGAAACAUAAACAACAAUAAAGUACUUUAAGAGAUAAAAGCAAAGUGAGAAGGACAAUUAAAGCGGAUUUCACUGUUAGAUGAUCUGGUAUCUGCGUUCUUAUUGGUUAUUGAGAUGUUUUGGGGGGGCUCUGAUUGGUAACAAAGACACUGGUUGUGGUCACAGUGGUCAGAUACUGGAUUACACUGGGUUUUUGGGGUCUACUGUAGACUGAUUAGUUAUAGUGAUAUUUGGACUAUGAUUUAAUUGGUUGUAGAGGCAUUAGGGGUGUGGACUGUGUGAUAUUGAGCUGUGAUCUGGUUGGUUACUGUAAUGGUGGGAGCUGUAAUGUGGUUGGUUUGAUUGGUUACAGUGUCAUUAAGGGGCAUGAACUCGAGUCUGAUUGGCAGCUGUGACAUUAUGGGUGUAAACUGUGGUCUGAUUGGUUGGGGCAGGACUAUGAUUUAAUUGUUUGUAGAGACAUGUGGUCUGAUUGGUUACAGUAACAUUAAUGGUGUGAGCUGUAAUGUGAUUGGUUUGAUAGGUUACAGGCAUUAUGGAUGUGAACUGCGAUCUGAUUGGAUACAGAGACAUUUUCAUUGUGACUAGCAACAACUGGAGGGCCAAGAAACACGGCAGGGCUUGGGAUUGGUCAGUUGAUUAUUACAUCAUCACAUAAAAUUAGAUUUCUUUCAUUUUUUUAACCCCGCUACUUUUAAUUUAUUUGUAACGUGUACAUACUUAUGUUAAAGAGUAGAAGUAUUUACAUUUACAGUAGGCCUGAUUUUCAAACUGACAUGAUAAUAAUAAUAAUAAUAAUAAUAAUAAUAAUAAUUUAUAUAAGUCCAUAAUAAGAACACAAUCUGUAGGACAUUUGCACAAUUUAUGGUUUAU